AUGGCGCCCCAGGGGCGGGAACACCUGGUGGCACGGGAGCAGCAACAGGGUGCACGAAGACGAAGCCCUCAUCUUCGCCAUACACUGAGCCCUGAAAAUCUGAGGAGCCUAGCCGAGCGUGGUGGCACUGAAACGGCAGCAGGUGGAACAGCAGGACUCACUAGAGCUAACAGUGACACAGACCUGGUCAGUUCACAGGGUCGCUCUUCCCUCACAGCCUCUACACUGGAGUUCACCCUCGGGCGUGGACAGAACCUAGUCCUCUCCUGGGACAUCAAGGAGGAGGUCGAUGCUACUGAUUGGAUUGGCCUCUAUCACAUAGAUGAGACCUGUCCAUCAAAUGUGUGGGACUGCAAAAAUCGUGGUGUGAAUGGUACGCAGUGUGGACAGAUUGUCUGGAGACUGGAGGCUGGCCCUUACUUCCUGGAUGCUGAGACCAGAAUCUGCUUCAAAUACUAUCAUGGCUUAACUGGAGCCUUGAGAGCCACAACGCCAUGCAUCACUGUCAAGAAUCCUCGAUUUUCAGCCGACAGCCAAGGAGAAGGACAGCUGACUUCAGAUACGAGCCGAAAACUGCUCAGCUUCACCCUGUCAGAUAUUCGAGCUGUGGGAUUGAAGAAAGGCAUGUUUUUUAAUCCUGACCCCUAUCUAAAGAUGAGCAUUCACCCAGGGAAAAGGAACAGCUUUCCCACCUUCUCCCACCACGGCCAAGAGAGACGAUCUGGCAUUACAACCAAUACUAUAAACCCUGUGUGGCAUGGAGAGAGACACACAUUUGUGGCCCUGAUAACUGAUGUCCUCAUCAUCGAGGUUAAGGACAAGUUUGCUAAAAGUCGGCCAAUCAUUAAACGCUUCCUGGGCCAGCUCAACAUUCCUGUUCAGAGGCUGCUGGAAAGACAUGCAUCAGGGAACCAAUCACUGAGCUUCUCUCUCUGCCGUCGCUUGCCUGCUGAUAAUGUAAGUGGUCAGCUGCAAUUUAAAGUGGAUAUCACCUCGACAAACCAGGAUGAUGUCACCCCUGAGUCAAUCCUUGGAGCAGCAGCCUUUAAUGGACCCCCUGGUACCCCUUCAGAUGAUGAAGAGUUGCCCCAUCAUCUUCCUCUCCCUUCUGGUGUUUUGUACCCCACCCGCUCCCAGAGCUUUCGUCGAAAUGGUGAAAGCUGUGGUGCUCUAUCACCUGAUACCGAGAUCUGCUCUGGUGCUUUGGAUGAAGACAGUCUACCUUCCCUCAGCAUACUUCAAAGAACCUUUAGUGAGCAGCUUGAUGCCAUUGAGGCUCCCAAAGGUCCAGGUGAGCGUCCCAUGGGUGCAGCGUCUCCAAAACUGAGCUCCAGCUUCCCCACCCACACCCGCCUCAGUGAUAUACUCCACAUCGACUCUGAUGAAGAUGAGGAGAGGUCUAUUGGUAUUGAUCCCAUACUGCCUGCUCUGAACGGUCUCACCAGAUGUCCAGUAAUUAUCCACAAACCUCCUGAAGAACCUGAGGAACUGAGUGAGCCACCAGAAGAAGUUGGGCUAGAGUCAGAAGUGGAGACUUUGAGUUUAGGGCCUGAGGUGGUUCUGGAGCCAGAGGUUCUUCCCAGUUCUGUGGCUCCACAAAUAGAGACAGCAAGUCUGUUGGAGAGACAGGAUGAAGGGGAAGAGGAAGAAGAAGGAUUGGGACCCAGUGAGGAGUUGGCCACAGAGGUGGAUAUCUCCUCCAUGGCAUCUGACUGUGGCCCCAUGCCUAUAUCUGCUGCUCAGGAAGCAGAACAAGGGGCGGAGACAGCAAUAGAUCCAGGGGGAGGAGAUCUCUCAGAUGACCCGCCCACAACCUAUGAGGUCAUUGAUGCUGGAGGUGAACCUCCUCUGACAGAUGAGUUUGAACUGCACACACCACCUCCAGAGUUACUGGCCAAUGAGGAUGAAGAUGAGGUGGAGGAGGACACCAUGUCCCGAAGGUGGAGUCUGGAGGCAACAGCGGGCGUGUCGCAGGAGGAGGACGAGGGGGAGGAGCUAAUGCAUUCAGGGGAGGGCGGGUCUGUGGACUCUGAGACUUUUGCAACAGAUACAAACACAGAUCUAGGUCCCACUCAGCUAAAUGGGCAUCAGCAGGUUCAUUCGCUUCCUUCUGUAAGACAAGACAUCCAUCGGUACCAGCGUGUGGACGAGCCGCUUCCACCCAACUGGGAGGCUCGGAUCGACAGUCACGGCCGUAUCUUCUUUGUGGAUCAUGUGAACCGGACCACCACGUGGCAGAGACCCACAGGCCCUCCUGCUCCUCAGGGCCUAACCCGCUCUAGCUCCAUCCAGCAGAUGGAGCAGCUCAAUCGCAGGUACCAGAGCAUCCGUAGAACCAUGACCAGCGAGAGGAGCUCAGAGGAGCAAAGCGUAGACUUUCCUCCUGUUGAUGAUAUGGACAUGUUGUCCCACUCCAUCUCUGACUACCGUAGAGAUGGUUCUUUGGCUCAGACCAGCUCUCACUCCCGUCUCACCCUGCUGCUUCAAUCUCCUGGAGCCAAGUUUCUCUCCAGUCCUGACUUCUUCACUGUGCUGCAUUCCAACCCUAGUGCCUAUCGCAUGUUUACAAGCAACACGUGUCUGAAGCACAUGAUCAGUAGAGUUCGGCGGGAUGUGCAGCAUUUUGAACGCUACCAGCACAACCGAGACUUGGUCACCUUCCUCAACUUGUUUACUAACAAGCAGCUUGAGCUGCCACGUGGCUGGGAGAUGAAACAUGACCACACUGGCAAGCUCUUCUUUGUGGAUCACAACUGCCGUGCCACAACGUUCAUCGACCCACGGCUGCCCCUACAGAGCUCACGCUCCAGCGGCCUCCUGGCCCAUCGACAGCAUCUGAGCCGCCAGAGGAGCCACAGCGCUGGAGAGGUACAGGUGGCAGAUGACUCUCGCUCCCCAAGCCCACCCAUGCAACCUCGACCCUCAAGCACUUUUGCUGGCUCCAGUCGUAACCAGUACCAAGACCUGGUACCUAUGGCUUACAAUGAAAAAAUUGUGGCAUUCCUACGGCAACCAAACAUCUUAGAGAUUUUACAGGAGAGGCAACCGGAGCUUGUGAGAAACCAUUCCCUCAGAGAGAAAGUCCAGUUUAUUCGUAAUGAAGGUGCAUCUGGAUUGGCUCGACUCUCUAGUGAUGCAGACCUAGUGAUGCUGCUGAGUCUGUUUGAAGAGGAAGUGAUGUCGUAUGUGCCGCCCCAUGCCUUACUACACCCCAGUUACUGUCAUGCCUCUCCACAAAGCUCCCCUGGAACUCCUCGUGCAAAUGCUCGCGCCCCUGCACCUUACAAACGUGACUUUGAGGCUAAACUAAGAAACUUCUACCGCAAACUGGAGACAAAGGGUUACGGGCAGGGCCCAGGAAAAGUGAAACUGAUCAUCCGCAGAGAUCAUCUACUGGAAGAUGCCUUUAACCAGAUAAUGUGCUACUCACGGAAGGACCUGCAGAGAAGCAAACUGUACGUCAGCUUUGUUGGGGAGGAGGGGUUGGACUACAGCGGCCCAUCGAGGGAGUUCUUCUUCUUGGUGUCCCGUGAGCUCUUUAACCCGUAUUAUGGACUCUUUGAGUACUCAGCCAAUGACACCUACACUGUGCAGAUCAGCCCAAUGUCGGCCUUUGUGGACAACCACCAUGAAUGGUUCCGGUUCAGUGGACGAAUUUUGGGCCUCGCUCUGAUUCACCAGUACCUCCUGGAUGCCUUCUUCACUCGGCCGUUCUAUAAAGGCCUGCUGCGCAUUCCAUGUGAUUUGAGUGACUUGGAGUUUCUGGAUGAGGAGUUUCAUCAGAGUCUGCAGUGGAUGAAAGACAAUGACAUUGAGAACAUGCUGGAUCUCACCUUCACUGUCAAUGAGGAGGUGUUUGGUCAGAUUACAGAGCGGGAGCUGAAGCCUGGAGGAGCUGGUGUCCCAGUGUGUGAGAAAAAUAAGAAGGAGUACAUUGAGCGCAUGGUGAAGUGGCGCAUUGAGAGAGGUGUGGCUCAGCAGACCGAGAGCCUAGUGCGAGGCUUCUAUGAGGUUGUGGACGUGCGGCUGGUCUCUGUGUUUGAUGCCCGCGAGCUGGAGCUCGUCAUUGCUGGAACUGCAGAAAUCGACCUGGCUGACUGGAGAAACAACACAGAGUAUCGGGGAGGUUAUCAUGAUGGUCACAUUGUGAUCCGAUGGUUCUGGGCGGCGGUGGAGCGUUUCAACAACGAGCAGAGACUGAGACUUCUUCAGUUUGUCACAGGCACUUCGAGUGUUCCAUAUGAAGGCUUCGCUUCUCUCCGGGGGAGCAACGGGCCACGUCGCUUCUGCGUCGAGAAAUGGGGCAAAGUUACUUCCCUUCCAAGGGCUCACACCUGCUUUAACCGUUUGGAUCUUCCCCCUUACCACUCCUUCUCCAUGCUUUACGAGAAGGUGCUCACUGCUGUGGAGGAAACGAGCACGUUUGGUCUAGAGUGAGACCUCUGCACAGUCUCUCCUCACUGAUUAUUUAUUGUGUUCUUCAAAAUCUGAAACCUUUUUUGCCUUUUCUUCUGUACCCUAAUCCUCAUCUCCAGUCUUAAUAAUGGCCUUGUUUCCUGGACCCCUUUUUUCCUCUGCUAUGAAACCAGGAUUAUGUGACGAAAGCAUGACCGCUCUUUUUGGGACCUAGUCCUUCUAUGUCUUCAAACACACACAUACAUACAAACAUAUGGUGAAUGCAUUAGAUCUUGAGCAGGAACAUAAACACUUCGCUAGUCUUUAAUACAGAAAUUCCUUCACACACACAAACAAAGCCUACUAACAUGGUAAAUAAUGGUUACACUAAAAUCCUCUGUAAGAAUACAUAGUAUUUUCACCCACUUCACCAGAGAGAAGACAAACCCACAAUGUAGAAAAUAAAUGGACAUGAUGGAUACACUUGAUGUACAUUUCUCACAUUACACUGAUUUGUGUUCCAGCGAGUCAUUCAGCACUGAUGCUGUUCCUCAUGUAAAUGGAGAGAAAAGGAAUGUAACACACUUUUGUAGAUAGUGUUCUUAGAUUUAUUUUACUGUUGUGGAUUUGGGGGGGGAGGAAUCUGUGCAAUAUUUAAUUACAAGUAUUCCAGACACAUUUUGAACUGCUUGUAAUGAAUAACCUUUGUAGAUUAUGAUAAAAUGGUGAG